UUUAAACCGCCGACAACAUUUUAGAGACAACCCCCCGCGACGUCGUUGUUGCGGAAGUGAAAAGUCUACGUGGGGAAGAAAGGUUGGUCUGACCGUGUUUGAAUACCGUACACACCAGCGGCACCGAUGUCCAAUCCAGGUUAGCUCUGUCCCCCGUCGAACUAGUCUCCCACCCCACUCCACUCCCCCCGCUCUCAGUUAGGCAAAUGGACGCGUUGGGCAGCAGCAGCCGGGGAGUAUAAAUGGGACUGAGAGGCGACGACAGGCUGUAAUGCUGCGCCGGGUGCGGCAGUCUCUCCGGCAGGUGCUGUUUCUGAUGGCCCGGAGACCGGAUCUACUCUGCGGGGCUAUCGUGCUCAGCGUCCUGCUUGUACUGGCUGUCAAGUUCACAUGCAGCCGUGCUAAGAAUGUGGUGGCAGCAGCUCGGCCUCCGGUGCGGUUCUUCUCUCCCGAGGCCCCGGUAGUCGACCUCUACUUGGGUCAACUGGACCAGGUGGAGCGUCUGAGAAGUGUGGCAGAGGUUUCUCUCAUCUUUUUCUACGCACCUUGGUGUGCUCACUCGAUGGCUGCUGGACAGGAAGUGCAGCAGGUUGCUAAGAAGCUUGCCAAACAGGUGCAGUUUGUGGCUGUUAACUGCUGGUAUAGUCAGGGGAAAUGCAGGAGGCAAAACCGCCUCUACCAGUACCCUAUCAUCCAUCUGUUUUACAGAAGGUUUGGGCCUAUAGAGUACAAAGGUCCAUUUGUGGCUCAGUAUGUAGAAAGUUUCAUCCUCAGAGUCAUCACACCGCUCACUUACCUCCCAUCCAGAGCCACACUCGAAGAGUUCCUCUCCUGCCACGAGCCUCGAGUGGUGGGUUUCUUCCAGUUUAACUCCUCUCCUCAGCCGCCAGGGUACAUCACUUAUUUGUCCUCAGCCCUGCAGGCCCUCAGAAGGGAUUUCCGUGGAGUUAUACGUUUCGGGGUCGUGACCAAUAAACAGGUGGCAGAGGCCAUUUCAAUAAGAGAAGAUGAAACAGUUUACCUCCACAGAAGAUUCAACUCCUCUUUGAUUUUCCCUCGAAGGGAACGUAACUUCACGUCACAGGCCAUCUGUAGCUGGGUGUUUGAACACCAUGAGACCGUCCUCCAGUGGCUGCAUCCCCCGGGAGCAAAGUCCCGCCUCCUGGAGCAGGAGCUGACUAAAGGUCCUGCGCUGCUGCUGUUCCUCCCACACAAUCCACUCGGGUCCAAGCCCAAUCCCAUACUACAGCAGGUUGCGGACAUUGCUGUGCGUUAUCAUUCCUGUGACAAUAAUAACCACUCCAGCUUGGACAAAAGUUUCACCUCCCACUCGCUGUGCUGCCAGUCAGUUCUUCUCCCAGAGUCCAGUACAAGUGUGUGUGAGGUGUGUCUCAGCUGGUCCAGACCAAGUCUGACCAGCUCUUCCUUAAGCUGCUCGUUCCCCCCCACAGUCCAGGGAGGAGACGGGUUGCAGUCUUAUCUCAGAUACUGUUGCCUCCACCAACUCCCUGCCCCCAUGUCCAUAAAAACUGCAACCUCAGUGGGCUGUAGCAACUUUCUGAACAGCUACAGUCCAUUUAGUCAAUACAGUGCCUGCUGCAGAAAAGUAGAACCUCAACUCAAUGAAUCACAAGCCAAAGAGGGGCCCAACAUGCAAAGAGUUCCCCUUACGCCUCCUUCUUUGUCCACCCCUCCAUCUUCUGUCCCUCCACACCGAGGAGAUGGCAUCACAGGACUCCGGUGUCAGACCAACAGGACGCUCAGGUUUUAUGUGCUAGAUGUUGCUCUGAACUGGCCUCUGGCGGUGAGGCUCGGGGCAACAGGCAACAGAACUGCUCCUCUUCACCAGGAGGCCGGUACACCAGGUGACGGGAGCAGCAACGGGCUGUUUGCAGCUAUUGUGAACCUGAAGGAUGAGGUUCAUUAUGUUCUCCAUCGCAGCCCAGCGGCCACACUGACAGAGUCUCUGGAGGCCUUCAUCAGGAACUUCAGCGCUCCAUACACUCUCUUGCAAAGACACUUGGUCGGAGAGGAGGACAGGAAGGGAGGUGAGCAGGAGGACAGGCAUCCAGAUGAACACCAGCAGACCUCUCCUCGCCCCCUCAUCACAGAACUGACCACCUCCUCCUUCCUGCCCUCCGUCAUGGAUCUUCAAAAGGAUGUGCUGCUGUUCUACUACACCCAGUGGUGUGGUUUCUGCUCCGUUCUCAACCACAUCAUCAUCCAGCUGGCCAGAUUAUUACAGGGAAACAGCACCAUCACUGUGGCCAGGGUGAAUGUUGCCCGCAAUGACCUUCCCUGGGAGUUCAUGGUGGAUCAUGUUCCCUCUAUCCUUCUCUUUCCCCGAUACAGAAAACAUCUGAGUGUGAAGUUUCCAGAUGACCUUCCCAUCACAUUACCCAACCUCCUUCGCUUCAUCCUGCAGCACUCUGGCUCUGUGCACGACACAGACAAACAAGUGACGUCUUCUGUCGAGGCAGACGCUUCAGGACCCGGCGCCAUCCUCCAUGCAGAGUUCCUGGCUCUGCAGCGUGAAGUUCAGGCGCUGCAUCACGCUCGUGAACGCCUGUCCCAGCAGCUGGAGCAGCUGUGGCGUGACAACCGGCGCCUGAAAUUUGACUCUCGCAGCUUAGAAGUCCAGAACGCAGAGCUGCAGCGAGAGAGGCAGAGCUUAGAGGAGCAGCACCAGGAGAAAAGCCGGCAGCUCGGGGAAGCAGUGAGACGCCUGCAGGAGCUGGCAGACACCUCAGAAAGCCUGCUGAACGAGAACACGCUGCUCAGGAUCCUGCUGAGGGCGCUGAAGGACAGGACGGAGGCUAGAGAGCAGGCGGAGGUGGAGAGAACAGAGGCAGAACAGAAAAGAAGCCAUAUGGCCUCCUGACCGCAAGCCUGCAGGGAGUCCUGAGAGUUAAUCAGAGAUGGGGAAGAGACCAAGAAGAGGGCCAGGGAAAGAAGGGAGGACUUAGACCUGAGAUGUGAUAAAACAGGCGAGGAGAAAAUGAGGCCGAAAUGAGGAGGUCAUGUAAAACCCAAAGGGCAACGACCUGAUACAUUUUGUCAUAAGAGAAAAUGAGGAUGAAACAACAGUUGUGAUCGGUCAUAAAAGAUCAAAAAAAUAAAAAAUAAGGCUGCUGCUAAGUCACGACAGAAGUAAGGAAACACGUAGCGAGGGAAACAGCAAAGACAAAAAACUCUGUGAUGACAGUGGGUUUAUCCGCUCUUAGGAACACACUAGUGUGCGAAGUCAGUGCCAACUGUCCAACUGAAGCGCCUCAGCUCUGGUUCUGCGCUUACGGGUGAGGACGUAUCCUGAGUUAAACUUUCAAAAAAAGACUCUGCAGCCAAAUUCUCCACCUUCCCUGAAUUACCACAAAUCCUCAUGUAAAAGCUGGUAUUCAAAUAACAGUCUAGUCUGUGAUCAGUGUGAACAAAUACAGGCUGCUUGCCAAUAAAGACUGGAUAAAAAAAACAAAAAUCAUUGAGGGAAAUGAAAUUACCUCUAGCCUACUACAAUGGUUCCCAUGAUAAAUGCUGUAUAAUGCACAUUUCCACAGCACUAAGUCCAUCUUUACAAGAACAGGGUCAUGUUAUAUUCACCACUCUGCUGCUCCAUUUUUAACAGAAAUAAUAUUUUCACACUCUCUAAGUCUGGUCGUUUCCUCUUUGCCGUGCCCCUGAUCAAUGAUAAGCUACCAUCAACUCAUCCUAAUGGGUUUUCACAUUGAAAGCCUAGUAAUGAAAGAAAGGCUGGCCUGCUUUUAAUGUAAACUUGAGGUGUCCCUUUUUUUACAGGUCCAUAAAUUCCAGUUUAUUUCCAAAUAAUUCCCUAAGAUGCUUUGUGGAAAGGAUCAUUAUGGGACUAAUUAUGGGUGAUCAGCUGGGACAUUUCCAGUUAUUUAUUUAGCACAACCAUGAGACUGCUGAUAGAAGGUGAAAAUGUGAAAGUGUCUAGAAACAAACGUACACUUAAGUAUAAAAUAACUAACUGAACUAAAAUAACAGUCUCAGAACAUCUGUUCUUUCUGUACCAAACUGCAUGGUUCUUCUUGGAAAACAGCAGGUCUGUAAAAUAAAGUGUUACUGGUGUUGAUUUAAAGACAUGGUAGCUUAAAAACAUUGUUUGGGGAAAAGAGGCAAAGUGAAACACCUUACAUGACUCUUAAUGUGCUGCUGGAUUUAGUGCUGUGGAAAUGUACGUUUUAAUGAAUUUAUCAGGGCAGCAGGUAAACAUGGAGGACUGAGUUCAUGUUAAUUGUGGAACAGAGAAUAUUGGCAAUAAAUGGUUCUCUGUGCCACUGAGGUAAAUAUAAAUGCCACUAUUUGGGUGAUUUACAGUGAGCUCUUAGCUGCUGCUUCACAGUUACAGUAGUGGGUUAGUGCGUGACUACAGGUCAGUGAUGUAGAGUUUGGCUGCAGGGAGAAAGGGCUACUAAUGAAGCUGAGAUUUAUUUAAUACUGAAGACGUGGCACCUACUCACCGAGCUGUAGGUGAGCAUACGAGCACUUGAAAUAAUCAGCAAGAAUUCUCUCUUUUUUUUCUCUCCUUUUUUUUUUUGAAGGGGAUAGAGUUCUUUUGUUAAACUGAUCUAUUUUUACAGGAAUCCUUGAGUCACUAAAAUAUUAUUUCUAUGUAACUAUUCAGGUAUUAAGAAUGAAAUGCUGCAAUUGUUUACAUGUGAAAUAUUGCACCAGUUUUUACUGAUUAAAAAAAAUCUCACAUCUUAUUGUCCUGUGUUCUGCUGUGGCUGUUGUGUACAAAUACAGAAGCAGCGCAGUGAGAACAAAUUGAUUCAGAUCACAUGAAGAUUUUAUUAUGUAGGUAUAAGUCAUCAAACAAAAAUUACAUUUGCUAAAAUACUAAGUACAUUCAGCUAACCCUUGUCUUUUCAUUUCCUCCAGUACAAAGUGUUUUUACACCUGUUUUUAAAAACAAAUAUUCACAGAUCUCACUUCAUCUGGUAACUUGUUCCAAAUCCUGCCACCUCUCUCAGAGAAAGGACUGUGUUAAAAGAGUUAUAUCUAAAAAUAUCUACUUCAAUAUGAAUUAAAAUUAUUCAGUAUUAA